GAAAACACGACAGAAGUGCCUGUGAACCGGCCCUAUAUAAAGGGGUACGACCUUCCGUUCUUCUCACACUGCUUCUGUCUCUGCGAUUAGAGCUUUCCUUUCUCUCCGAUUGUCAGUCAAUUCUUUUGCAGCUGUUUCGUCCCACGCACGCAACUUCGAGAUGGCCCGUACAAAGCAGACUGCCCGCAAGUCCACUGGUGGCAAGGCUCCUAGGAAACAGCUCGCUACCAAGGCUGCUCGCAAAUCAGCCCCGACUACGGGAGGGGUGAAGAAGCCCCACAGAUACCGCCCCGGAACUGUUGCUCUUCGAGAAAUCCGCAAGUACCAGAAGAGUACCGAACUUCUGAUCAGGAAGCUCCCAUUCCAGAGGCUGGUCCGUGAGAUUGCUCAGGAUUUCAAGACUGACCUGCGUUUCCAGAGCCACGCGGUCCUGGCGUUGCAGGAGGCGGCGGAGGCGUACCUGGUUGGUUUGUUCGAAGACACUAACCUCUGUGCCAUCCAUGCCAAGCGCGUUACCAUCAUGCCCAAGGACAUUCAACUUGCUAGGAGGAUCAGGGGCGAGAGGGCUUAAGGAGGAUUUGUCUGUUUGCUACUACUAGCUAGGGUUCUCAUUUUGUUCACUUGUAUUAACUUGGGUUGCUUUUGUUCUGUGUUUCCAAGGGAUUUAGUGUCAAUGACAAUGAUGAAUCGUUUCUGAUCUCAA